CUAUGCUUUGCGACGGUCUGACAAGUGGAUCCAAGAUGGCGUAGAAAGUGAAGCUAGAAGUUUUGUCCCUGAGUCAUGGCGGACAGGAGAGCGGAGAAGUCAUGUGAAGAAGCCAGCAGAUCGUUAGUCAGGCGGGAGUACGAGGCGGCAGUUAGCCACAGCACGGACGCCCUAGUGGCCCUUGUACCCCAAACUCCAUCCUCCGGUGCCCCUGUACCACAGAGCCCUUCAUCCAUUGUUGCCACCGGAUCCCUUCGCAGCCGCGCCCUGCUCUAUCGAAUUGCUGCCUUCCUGCAGCUGAAAAAAUAUGAUGAAGCAGAUGAAGAUUGCAAACACAUCCUGGUAGAAGAGAUUUCCAGGGGAGAUGGAUCGCUACAGGUCAGCUUCCGUUCCAUGCUGUUGGAUGGCAGCUUGCAGGAGGUGGCCAGCAUCCUCACUAAGGCCUUGUAUGGAGAGCCAAUGAAUGGCAUCGUUGCAAAAGACCUGACCAGAUUAAAAAUGCUCCUUUCAGAAAUUGAGACUGUAAAUAGGGACAUGGCACCACAAUACACAGCUGACCAGGAGGAAGAGGUUGAAGAUGGCUGGCACUUCCGGCCACCUCCCAGAGGAGUCACCAGCAGUGAGGAGUACACCCUCUGUAAAAGGUACUUGGAGCAGGGUCUUUGUCGAUAUGGGGCCCAGUGUACAUCGGCCCACUCGCAGGAGGAGCUGAUGGAAUGGCAGAAACGCUAUGCUUCACGCCUCAUUCGCCUCAAACAGCAGCAGGAGAGCAAGCACUUCACAGAAAACUACAUGGAGACCCUGAUAGAGAAGUGGAUGAACUCUCUCUCCCCAGAGAAAGUGCUAAGUGACUAUUUAGAUGGAGUCAACGUAGAAACCAGCUCCAGCCUCUCUGUCACUGUUGCCACCAAAAGAUCCUCGCACUCCUGGACCUUCUCCUUGUUUUGUAAGCCGGCUAGAAAGCUGUAUCGUAUUGCCCUGCUCUAUGAUGCCCACCGACCACAUUUCUCCAUCACUGGCGUGUCUGCUGGGGACCAGCUCCAAAGUGUUCCCAAAGGCUGCCAAGAAUGGACUCCAGGAGAACAAACAGCAUUGGCAGCAGACAAUGGCCUGGACAACUGUGUCUACAAGGUAGCAGUGAGCUUCAACACUGAGAUCUUUGGCACCUUUCGACAGACUGCUGUUUUUGACUUUGGCACAGAACCUGUGCUAAUGCAAAGGAUCAUGGUGGAUGCUGCCUCUAUUGAAGAUCUAGAACAUUUGAUGGCAGCCAGGCAGCAGCUACUGAUGACUGCAAAGCGCUGGGACUCUUCCUGUAAAACCAUAGUAGAGUUCACUCCAAAUGAGACAAUGGCUGAACUUGAGCGCAGCCUUCUUUCCCGCUAUCAGAUCCCCCUGUCAGCUGAUCAGCUUUUCACCCAGUCAGUCCUUGACAAGACUCUGACCAAAGACAACUACCAGGCCAGACUGCACGACCUGCUCUACAUAGAGGAGAUUGCACAGUAUAAGGAAGUUAGCAAGUUUAACAUCAAGGUGAACCUCCAGUUGGUUACCAGCUUUAUGCUGACUGGCAUUUCAGUUGGAGCCAAGUAUGCUCAGAAUGGACAGCUCUUUGCACGCUUCAAACUCACUGAAACACUUUCUGAGGACACACUGGCUGGACGGUUAGUGAUGACCAAGGUCAAUUCAGUACUCCUUCUGCCUUUGGGCCGUGAGGGGUUCAGCCAUCCACCUCCUGGUGUGAAAGAACGUGUUUAUGAGGCUGUGAUUGAGGAGAAGACCAAGGACUACAUCUUCCUAAGGAUCUGCAAAGAUUGCUGUUUGGAGCUGGGACUACAGCCUGACAGAGAACUGCAGGUGGAGCUCCAGUUCCAGCUGAACAGACUGCCACUCUGUGAGAUGCAGUAUGCCCUGGAUCGCAUCAAAGAUAACACCAUCCUUUUCCCUGAUGUUAGCCUUGUCCCCACCAUCCCUUGGAGCCCAAACAGGCAGUGGGAUGAGCAGCUGGAUCCCCGUCUGAAUGCCAAACAAAAAGAGGCCAUAUUGGCCAUCACCACACCUGUCGCUCACCCCCUACCCCCAAUCCUCAUCAUCGGGCCUUAUGGCACAGGCAAGACGUUUACCCUGGCACAGGCUGUUAAGCACAUCCUCCGCCAGGACCACAGCAGGGUCUUGAUCUGCACCCACUCCAACAGUGCAGCUGACCUUUACAUUAAGGACUAUCUUCAUCCUUAUGUUGAAGCAGGCAAUCCACAUGCCAGACCUCUCAGGGUAUACUUCAGGAACCGCUGGGUGAAGACGGUCCACCCAGUUGUCCAGCAGUACUGUCUCAUAUCCAGCACACAUCUCACUUUCCAGAUGCCUACAAGGGAGGACAUCCUCAGGCACCGUGUGGUGGUGGUCACCCUCAGCACCUCCCAGUACCUCUGCCAGCUUGACUUGGACCCCGGGUUGUUCUCUCAUAUCCUACUGGAUGAAGCAGCUCAGGCCAUGGAGUGUGAAACCAUCAUGCCUUUUGCUCUAGCUAGCAAGACCACUCGCAUCGUGCUGGCUGGAGACCACAUGCAGCUGAGUCCGUUUGUGUACAGUGAGUUUGCACGAGAGCGUAACCUGCACGUCUCGCUCUUGGACCGACUGUAUGAGCACUACCCCAGCGAAUUUCCCUGUCGCAUCCUCCUGUGUGAGAACUACCGCUCCCAUGAAGCAAUCAUCAACUACACGUCAGAGUUAUUUUAUGAUGGGAAGUUAAUGGCAAGUGGAAAGCAGCCCUCUCAUAAGGACUUUUACCCACUGACCUUCUUCACAGCCAGAGGAGAAGAUGUCCAAGAGAAGAACAGCACUGCUUACUACAACAAUGCUGAGGUAUUCGAGAUUGUGGAGCGAGUGGAAGAGCUGCGCAAGAAGUGGCCGGUGGCCUGGGGGAAGUUGGACGAGGGCAGCAUUGGAGUGGUGUCCCCAUAUGCUGAUCAGGUGUUUCGCAUUCGUGCUGAGCUACGAAAGAAGAGAAUGCAUGAGGUCAGCGUGGAGAGAGUGCUCAAUGUCCAAGGUAAACAGUUCCGGGUGCUGUUCCUUAGCACUGUGCGGACGCGGCAUACCUGCAAGCACAAACAGACGGCCAUCAAGCGCAAAGAACAGCUGGUUGAGGACUCGACAGAGGACCUCGACUAUGGCUUUCUUUCCAACUACAAGCUACUCAACACAGCUAUCACCAGAGCCCAAUCCUUGGUUGCAGUUGUAGGAGACCCAAUAGCACUGUGCUCUGUUGGGCGCUGCAGAAAAUUCUGGGAGCACUUCGUCUCCAUCUGCCACGAAAACACAAGCCUACAUGGCAUUACCUUCGAGCAGAUCAAGGCUCAGCUCGAGGCUCUGGAGCUCAAGAAGACCUAUGUCCUCAACCCACUGGCCCCAGAGUUCAUCCCACGUGCCCUCAGACCUCUGCAAGCGCAUCAUUCUUCUUCACAGGCUCUACAUCUUCACCAUCAUCCACAUCCUCAGCACACACAGCCCACCUCCAACAAGCAGGGUCCACAACAGCAGCAGCAGUCACCCCCCAAGGGAAAACAUACAAGCCACACUGAGCACCUGCCACCUGAAGGAUAUGUCCAACCCAACCCUGCCGUGCUGAUGGGAAACCCUAUUCGGGCAUAUACACCUCCGUUGGGCGGUACACCAGCAGGCAUGGGCAAGUCACCCAGUCCUGUGCAAAGGAUAGAUCCACAUACAGGUGCCAGUAUCCUGUAUGUUCCAGCUGUGUAUGGAGGAAACAUGGUCAUGUCCAUGCCACUGCCAUUGCCUUGGCCAGGAUACCAAAAUCGCUUUGCCAUGGACCCUCGCAUCAUGAGCCACCCUGCAGCCAUGGCAUACAACUUCAACCUGUUGCAGGCACAGAAUCGAGGCUCCCCCAUUCCUUACAGUGGAGUGGCCCACCCCUCUCCUCUAGGAAUGGGCCAACCCAGUCCUGAUAAGGAGCCACAGGCAGACCCCAUAAGAAACGGUAAAUUGGAAGCAUGUCCUAAGUCAGAACAGAGCCGUCUUCUGACACCAGAGAGGAAAACGGCUGACAUGAAGGAAAAACAGGGAGAUUUAGACACAGGUCGAGGUCUAGACUCACAGACGGACGGGCUGGUUGGAUUUCCCAAUGCGCUGCUCCAUCGAAAAGACCCCCCAUCCGCGCAGAGACCCCUCAAUUACCACCUGGCACCCCCCAAUACAGCCUUUCCUCCUCAUCCUGCCAGUGGAAGACCAUUUCCCUCACAGUAUCCAGUCUCCAGGCUUCCUUUUCGGGUCAACCAGCCUCAACACCCAGGGAUGGCCCAGCAAGGACAACAGCAGCAGCAACAGCUCAGUCCAGCCUAUGCUGGUGGUAGCCACAAUGCUUCCUUCUUCAGUGGCCCAAUACCUUCUCACAGGGCUGUUCAGUCUCCCACUUUGGAUGGAUCAGAGUCUGGAGGGGUUGAGGAGAUGGGUAGCUCCAUAAGGACUCCAAUGGGCCAUCCAGGAAGCCACCAUCCUGGCCUGUCGCAGCAUAACAGGGUCAAUAGCUUUGGGGAGGAUGGACAAGAUGGAAGCUUGGGAGAUGGUCUGGACCUCCAGGGUCCCUUGGCUCUAGAGGCCCUCAGCCAGCAGCAGCAGCAGGCAGCCAGACUGGGCCAGUGGGGAGAGGUAGCUGGACCUUUCCUGCAGGGCAAUGUCGCCUUUCCAUUGCCCCAACAGCUCACCCACCUCGCACAGCCUGGCAUGCCUCGCAUCCCCCAUCAACUGCUCCGAGCUGCUAGUUGGGGCCUUGGUGCCAAUAUAGAAGAUGACGCUGUUUCUUCUGCCUCCACUGGACCACCGUACUCAAGGUACCCAGGCCUCUUGAGAGAGAUGCCCCCACAGGAACAGCCUGAGCCCAGGGACGCAGCUGAGAUGCAACCCCCACCUCAGUCUCGUCUUCUCCAGUAUCGGCAGUCUCAGUCCCGUACCUCAAGUGACCCUACAUCCUCCAUGGGCACCACCUCCAAUCACGUUGUCCCUUUCCCAUCAGGACCUUACUCCCAUGACACCGGUCGUGACCUCCUUAAUGACAACCUUCUCAACAACCCAGCUCUGCAGCAGCUGCAUGCAGGGAACCCCCUUUAUAAUACUGGUAGCUACCCACAUCAGCCACCAGCUCACUCUACCAGCCCUCCUCCCUCCCAAGUCAAAUACCUUUUACAAGAGGCCCAGUGGUCCCACAGCGGAGCUACAUCAGUGAGCCCACCUCAGCAGAACCACCUGUUGGGGAACCAGGGCCAUAACCUUCCCUAUGGACUUCCCAUCAUGGCUCACCCCAGCAGGCAGGAGCAAGUUCACCUGAUGCAACUUCACCACCAGCAGCAGCAGCAGCAGCAGCAACAACAGCAACAACAGCAGCAGCAACAACAACAGCAGCAACAACAACAACAACAACAGCAGCAACAACAACAACAACAACAACAACAGCAGCAGCAGCAACAACAGCAGCAGCAGCAGCAGCAGCAACAGCAGCAGCAGCACCACCAACAACAAAGUCAAGGUCCAGACCAGGAGUCCUACCACCCACUGUCCCCCAGAACAUCAGCAGCCACAGCCCUUCAAAAUGUAGAUGAGUAUGAACCUAGAGGUCCAGGUCGGCCACUCUAUCAGCGCCGCAUCUCCUCCAGCUACCCGGAUGAACCGUCUCCAGCCAACACCCAUAACGCCCUGACUCAGCAGUCCCAACCUUGCACAUCAGACCACCAGGACCACUCUCAUCCACACAUACAGCAUCACCAACACCCACAUGCCCACUAUGUUUAUCCCUCACAUGAGUCCUGGCCCAGCAAUGGUGGGGGUCCGGGUCCAUUCCAGAACAUUCCAUGUAAUGGAGCCGGCACACUUGCUCAGCACCGGGACAUUAUGGCUUCCAAGGCCCUUCGUCAGACGGAAGAGCAGGUGAAGGCUGAGGUCACAGCAGCACAGCAGACGCACCCACACUCCCUGAACUCCCUUCAGCACCUUGGACAGUUUCCUCCUCUCAUGCCCAGUAACAAGCAGCAGCAGCAGCAGCAGCAGCCGCCGCCGCCACAGCCGCCGCCUCCACAGGCUCCUGCAGAGCCAGGCCCGGGCGCAGCAAAUUUAAACAAACCACCCACCAUGUCCUACGCGAGUGCCCUCCGUGCUCCACCCAAGCCUCGAGCUGUUCGCCCUGAACAGGCCAAAAAGAACAGCGACCCUCUCUCUCUCCUUCAGGAGCUGAGUAUAGGAAGUUCAAAUGGUAGCAAUGGGUACUACUCUUACUUUAAAUGAGUGUCACCUCUCCCAUGUAAUAUGUGAUUAAAUAAAGUAAUUAAAAAAAAAAAAAAAAAAAAAGCAAAACUUUCUAAAAAAAAACAAAAAAAACAACAAAAAACUAAAAAAACAACAAAAAACAAUAGUGCAAAGUGCAUUUACAAAUUGUUUAUAUCAGUAGGUUUGUUUAAUGCAUUUUGCUUCAUUUUAACUUUUUAUUUGUAAGUCAUCUUUUCUCCCAUUUCACAUAUCUGUCAAGAAAAUAAGUAUAUAUAAAGAAUGCAUUACUGGUAUAUAUACAUACUCAUUAUGUAUAUAUGAAUAUAUACUUAUAUUAUCUACACUUGUAUAUGUACGUAAUGCUAAAAAAAGUUAUUAAAAAAAUUUAAUUAAAAAAGGAGACUUGGUUGACCACUUAGCUACCUGUUUUUUCCUCCCCCUUACUGAAGGUGUUGUUUGUUUUAUUUUUAUUAAGUACAUUGAAGUUUUAAAAUUUUGUAUUCCUCAGUUUUGAGUGGUUGUUAAAAUCUUGAUUUUCAGACUGCUGUAGUCUGAUAGUGGUAACGGACAAAAGCUGAGUGGUCAACUGACGCAGUGUAUAGAAGUAGAUACUUUUUCCUGUAAUCUGUACAUAUAAAGAAACUAAAAGACUGAAUUGUAUGCCACAGGCAUGUCCUUAAAUUCCUGUACCAUUAGAGCAUUUGCAUUAUGAAUUCAUUUUCUCUUUGUUGGCUCCUGAUCCUUAACCCUUUCUUUGACCUGAGGGUCAUCUUCAGUAAUUUUUAGUGAUUAAUGUGAUUUAUUUACUGAAGAAAAAUAAAACGGAUGCCGAGAGCAUAUUUUACUUUUCACCUAUGCCUCAUCAGCAACAAUAAAUACAGUUUAAAAAUGGCAGAAUAGCCACAGCCCUGUUGUUCCUGCUUUGGUUUGCGUUAAGAACCAGAGAACAGCAGACUUCACUCUGUGAGCUCAAGCUCUCCUGAUUAUACCGCUUCACUUGUGGCAGACACUCAGUCAUUUUAUUUUAAAUCUGUCUUUGUUUCAGUUUAUUUCUUUCGAGACUGUCAUUAUAUUGUGGCUGUUGUUUCUCAUCUUUUGUCAAAUGUGGUGACAACAAUGUCUUCAAGGUUUUUUUUUGCUUUUUUUUUGCUUUCUUUUUUUAAGUAACUUCUCCUUUUCGUCUCAUUAAGUUUAUGUUUUGUGUUUGUUUGCUGUACUCAGUGGUUCGUGAAAGUGAAGAGAGAGUGAUGAGGUCAAAAAGUCGCGUCAUGAGUCUAGGUAAGUUGAAAGCGAGGGUGUGAUCGAGACUGCCAGUCAAACACUUUUUAAACACAAUGAAUUUUAGCUCGUAUAUUAACUGUAUAAUAUAUACCCUGGAAUUUGAAAAUGUUUAUAUAAAGAAUUUUCUGGGUGUUAGUUCUUUUUGUCUUUUAUUUUAUUGGAAAUGGUCAAACUGUUGGACAAACUGGUUUCCCCAGAUGUUUUACAUCAGAGAUUUUCCUACUUUGUGAGAUGCAUUUUCAAAGUUGCCCAUGUAUCCUUUCCCAUUUUCUCUGUGUGACAAUCUUUGAAUCCCAGAUUAAUAUGAACGUUCCUUUUUGCUCCCAGUUUCACAGAUGUGUAGAUCAUUUCCUAUAAAAUAUGAAGUCAGAAGCACAUUCUUGUUCUUGAUAUUUUCUAAUCACAGGGCAUUAAAAACAAACUGUAAGAUGAAUUGGAAAUGUUGUUGAGGUCGCUCCUGAUCAUUCAGAAGGUUAAGUCAUCGGUUUGUAGACUGGUUAGAUCUGAUUGAUACAACGACAUUGACUCUCACGCUCUUUAAUCCCAGUGAAAAAGUGGCAGCCAUGCCUUUUUAAUCUGCUUUAGCCACAUAGAUUUUUCUCUUGCAUCUCAAUACACAUGAAUUUCACUGGAAACAGUCGUCCAGUGCUUAAUUCUGUUACAUGUAGUUCAUUAACUGUGAAAACUCCACUGCCCUGUUUGCAAGUUAAUCUGAUUGUAAAACAUCAUGGCUCCCAUAUUGUAGUCACUCAAUAUUAAUUAAAAAUGGAAAAAAGCAAAAAAAAAAAAAAGCGUAUACCCCACAGCUAACUAGUAAGAUGUGUUCUGAACAGUUAGCAGAGAGAUUUCUACACGCAUUGGUUUUAUUUUACGUUUUCACAUUGUAAUUCCAAGUUCUGGAUUUAUUUGUUUAUUUUUCUAUGUUUAUUAUUUUUUAUUAUUAUUACUAUCACUUAGCCGAGAACAACACAUACUUGUAAAUAUGCAUUUUCUAGGUAUUUACAAACGAGAACUUUGGGAGCGCCUCAAUUUUGUAGAAGCUGCUCAAAGAAGAGGUAUGCCCUUUUUAAUUAUGCAAAUUCAUGAGAAAUAAAUAAUUACAGAAAUGGACAACAACCCAACUUUUAAAACAUUUUUUUUAAACUGUGUCUGGUUUGACAAAGAGGAGAAUUUAUGUUGCAGCUGUUGAAAGAUGACUAAUUCACUGUACAUGACAUGUUUUUAACUACCUGUUGCUGGAUUUGUCUUUUUCUGACCACUUGACAGCUGUACAACAAUCAACAUGGAUUUUUUUUUUUCUCUCUCUUUCAUUGUGAAGACUUUUUAAAUUUUCUUUCCUGCAUGUUCAAAUAGCCUGGCUGGAUUUAUCUUUGUUUUUAUCAGUUUGUAUUGAUUUGUGGUUAAAAAAAAAAAUCAAAAAACAAAACAAAAAGGAAAAAAAAAAACACGCUUUUGUUCAACAGACAGAGUCAAAUUUUGGCAUAUUAUUUGAUGUGUACGAUAACUUGUGACAUUAUCAACAAAACGUAUAAUAUUUUACUAACAUGUCAAUCAAAUAUGUACUGGUCAUGUAAGUUCUUUUUUCUUUUCUUUUUUUUGUUUUCUGCAGUUAUUAAGCAGGGCCUAGAGCUGAGGUUGCUCCCUGGUGUGUGUUCAAUUUCCAAAUCUCUGUUUGUUUAGGGGAAUCCAUUUUUCCAAACCGCAGUCGUUGGCUAAUCUCUGAAGUCGUGCAAUACUAAUAGUUCACCGCUUCGUCAGCUACACUUUUAUUUAUUUUGAAGCAGAAGAGAUUGAGCCAAAGACAUUUUACAUGCAUUUUAUUUACAGUUUGUUAAAGAAAUGAAGGGUAAAUCGACUCUUCAAAAAUGAAGUUUUAUUUCAAACGUUUCACCUCCCGGUAUUGCACUAUGUAUCACCGUUUUUAAAGUCGACAUUUUCUCUCCUUUUUUGAAGAUCGCAAACACCUCGUGUGUGUGUGUGUGUGUGUGUGUGUGUGUCACAUGGAAAGGGAGCAACCUUUUGCCCAGCCAGUAGAGAGCACUGUGUUCAGCCUUUUAUAAACGCCACAUCUCUUUCCCAUUUUCCGUUUGCUCUCAUCUGUUCUUCACUUGCUGCAGUGAAUUAAUGGCACACCUGUUCCCUCAGCCUCCCAGUCCCAUUGGCUCCUCCCUCGUGCAAAGUAAUGAAUAGAUAUGUUUUACUCUUCUUCAUUUCAAUUGGUGGUGGUUAUAAUAAAAGAUUUAGACUGUGUUUAAAAGGUUUAUUUUCUCUUUUUUUAUUAUUUGUUUCUCUAUUAAAGUGUUUUUAUUGAAACGUGUUGAGUUUGACGCCUUUUUUUUGGACGGUUGCUUUCGAUGGGUCCAAUGCCAAUAGUUUUUACAUGUCAUUUUUUUAUGUUUAAAUUUGACCUAAAGCAUUGACUUCAGUAGCGUCUUCUGUCACUAACAUCCUCACUUUGUUGUAACGUAAGCAAAGGAAGGUCGAGCACACAGUGAUGUCAGAAGAGAGACGGAUGUUUUCUGAAUCAACCUUUAAUGUUCAUCACAAACACCCUCACACACACAAUCUACGCUAACUUAGAUUUCUGUUUGAUUUCAUGCUAAGUGCAACCAAAAAAGCCAAAAAAAACUCGGAACAAAGAA